UUUCCGGGCAAGAGCCGGGCGCUCUGGUACCAUGUGGGGACGGCUGUGAAGAGUCCCUGGCUUCAGAAUCAUACUGGAAUUCCGAACGGCAGAACUCCGCCGGCGUGAAAAAUGACGUCUUUAGCCCAGCAGCUCCAGCGACUCGCCCUCCCUCAGAGUGAUCCCAGUCUCUUAUCUAGAGAUGAAGUUGCCUCUUUGUUGUUUGACCCCAAGGAAGCGGCCACCAUCGACAGGGACACCGCCUUUGCCAUCGGAUGCACUGGCCUGGAAGAGCUACUUGGAAUUGAUCCUUCCUUCGAGCAGUUUGAAGCACCAUUGUUCAGCCAGCUAGCAAAAACGUUGGAGCGCAGUGUUCAGACCAAAGCAGUGAACAAGCAGUUGGAUGAAAACAUUUCAUUAUUUCUUAUUCACUUGUCGCCUUACUUCCUGCUUAAGCCAGCACAGAAGUGUCUGGAGUGGUUGAUUCGUAGGUUCCAUAUCCAUCUUUAUAAUCAAGAUAGCCUCAUCGCUUGUGUUCUGCCGUACCAUGAGACAAGAAUAUUUGUGCGGGUUAUACAGCUUCUAAAAAUUAAUAAUUCAAAGCACAAAUGGUUCUGGUUGUUGCCAGUUAAGCAAUCUGGAGUGCCUUUAGCUAAAGGGACUUUGAUUACCCACUGCUACAAAGAUCUUGGAUUUAUGGAUUUCAUUUGUAGUCUGGUGACAAAAUCUGUGAAGGUUUUUGCUGAGGACCCGAGGAGGUCAGCUCAGUUGAGGGUGCUCUUGGCCUUCUAUGCUUCUACCAUCGUGUCUGCGCUAGUGGCUGCUGAGGACCUAUCAGACAAUAUCGUCGCCAAACUCUUUCCAUAUAUUCAAAAGGGAUUGAAAUCAUCUUUACCAGAUUAUAAAGCUGCAACAUACAUGAUAAUAUGUCAGAUUUCUGUGAAAGUGACAAUGGAAGACACCUUUGUGAAUUCUUUGGCAUCCCAGAUCAUCAAAACAUUGACUAAGACUCCCUCUUUGAUCAAGGAUGGAUUAGGUUGCUUGAUAGUGCUCCUGCAGAGACAGAAGCCAGAGAGCCUUGGGAAAAAACCAUUCCCUCACUUGUGUAACGUUCCUGACCUUAUUACCAUACUUUAUGGGAUUUCGGAAACUUACGACGUCAGUCCGCUUCUGCGUUACAUGCUUCCCCAUCUGGUUAUCUCCAUCAUUCAUCAUGUUACUGGAGAAGAAACUGAAGGGAUGGAUGGUCAAAUCUAUAAGAGACACUUAGAAGCUAUACUUACAAAAAUACCACUGAAGAACAACUUAGACCAUUUGUUGGCUAGCCUUCUUUUUGAAGAGUAUAUCUCAUAUAGUUCACAGGAAGAAAUUGAUCCUAGCCAAGUAACUUUGCUUAAUGAACAAUUUCUGCCACUCAUCAGACUUUUAGAAAACAAAUACCCCAGCACAUUAGAUGUUGUGUUAGAGGAACACCUAAAGGAAAUUACAGAUCUACAGAAACAGGAGCAUUUUCACCAAUUUAUUUCUCUUUCUACAAGUGGAGGAAAGUAUCAGUUCUUAGCAGAUUCUGAUACCUCUCUGAUGCUCAGUCUGAAUCAUCCACUUGCUCCUGUGAGACUUUUGGCCAUUAAUCAUCUGAAAAAUAUCAUGAAAACAUCAAAGGAGAGUAUUGAUGAGUCUUUCAUAAAAGAAGCUGUUUUAACCCGAUUAGGUGAUGAUAAUAUAGAUGUCGUUUUGUCGGCUGUAAAUGCUUUUGAGGUUUUUAAACAAAAUUUCAGUUCUGAAGAAACUAUUUCCUAUCUUCUGAAUCUCUUUCAAAGAGCGGAACUUUCAAAGAAUAGAGAUUGGCUCAAGGUACUUGAGAUAGCAACAGACUUAUUAAUUAAAGAAGAGAUACUGAGUGAAAAUGAUCAGUUGUCAAAUCAGGUGGUUGUAAAUUUGCUGCCAUUUAUGGUCAUCAAUAAUGAUGAUAUGGAAUCUGCUGAGAUGAAAAUUGCUAUAUACUUAUCAAAAUCAGGAAUAUGCUCUUUGCACCCUCUAUUAAAAGGCUGGGAAGAAGCUCUUGAAACUAUAAUUAAAAGCACAAAGUCAAAAAUAAUUGGUGUAGCAAAUCAGAAGAUGAUUCAUUUGUUGGCUGACAACAUAAAUUCAGGAGAUCCUUCUUCAAUGUUAAAGAUGGUAGAGGAUUUAGUAAGCGUUGGUGAAAAGGAGUGCUACAGCCUGAAGCAGAAAGUGACAUUUCAUGUGAUCGUGUCUGUGCUUGUCUCUUGCUGUUCAUCUUUAAAAGGAACUCACUUUCCAUUUGCUAGAAGAAUCUUCAGUUUGUUGCAGAAAAAAAUGAAGAAACUGGAAAGUGUCAUUACUACAGUGGAAAUCUCCUCAGAAUGGCACUUUGAACUGAUGGUAGACAAAGGAAUCCCAUUGGAGCUGUGGGAGCAUUACAUAGAACAGCUCAACAGUGCCCAGAGGGUUGCAGUGGAAGAUGCAGUUUUACUUGUAUUUUCUCUGAAAAAUUUUAUUUAUGCACUGAAGGCCCCUAAAUCUUUUCCUAAAGAUGAUAAGUGGUGGAAUCCUGAACACCUGCAGGAAGACAGCAGAGACUAUCUGCACUUGCUCCUUGGGCUCUUUGAGAUGAUACUUGGUGGUGCUAAUGCUGUUCAUUUCAGGAUUCUGAUGAAACUUUUCAUAAAGGUGCAUCUAGAAGAUGUUUUUGAGUUAUUCAAGUUCUUUUCUGUUUUAUGGACCCAUGGUUCUAGCCUUUCAAAUCCACUUAACUAUAGUGUAACAUCAGCACUGCAGACUCAAGCUCUCUAUGUAGGCUGUGCAGUGCUUUCGUCUCAGAAGACGCAGUGUAAACACCAGUUGGCAUCCCUGUCUUCUCCAGUGGUGCCAUCUCUACUCAUUAAUCUAGGAAGCCCAGUCAAAGAAGUCCGAAGGGCUGCCGUUCAGUGUCUGCAGUCUCUCAGCCAAGUCGGGUCCCCAUUUCAUCUGGUUAUAGAUCAUUUGGUUCCCAAAGCAGAAGAGAUAACCUCAGAUGCCGCCUACAUUAUUCAGGAUUUGGGUACUUUGUUUGAGGAACUCCAGAGAGUAAAGAAGCUGAAAUCUCAUCAAAAGUUGUCUGAAACUUUGAAAAACCUACUUAACUGUGUAUAUAGUUGCCCAUCUUAUAUUGCAAAAGAUUUGAUGAAAGUACUUCAGGAAGUCAACAGUGAGAUGGUGCUUUCUCAGCUGUUGCCCAUGAUUGAACAACUACUAGAAAAGAUUGAGAAGAAGCCCAUGGCUGUCCUGAAAGAUGAGGCCAUUGUCUUGCACCACACUCUGGGAAAAUAUAAUGAAUAUUCAGCUUCCCUUUUACAUAAGGACCGAAAGAGUCUAGAUUUAUUUGUAAGAGCUGUGCACACAGCAGAGGAACUUUACACAGGAAUGACAACCAUUCAGAUCACAGCCCUGGAAAAGAUUACAAAACCAUUUUUCGCAGCAAUAUUGGAUGAAAAAGUUCAGCAGAAGUUUUUGGGAAUGUUGUUUGAUUUAUUGGUGAACUGUAAAAACUCAAAUUGUACUCAGACUGUUAGCAGUGUUUUUAAAGGGAUUUCUGUGAAUGCGGAACAAAUCAAAGUAGAACUGGAGCCACCAGACAAAUCUAAAUCCUUGGGCACAAUCCAGCAAACAAGAAGGCAAAAAAUGCAGCAGAAAAAAUCACAAGAUCUAGACUCUGUUCAGGAGGUUGGAGGAUCCUACUGGCAAAGAGUAACACUCAUCCUGGAAUUACUGCAGCACAAAAAGAAACUCAAAAGUCCUCAGAUACUGAUAUCAACCCUUUUUAACUUGCUGUCAAGGUGUUUAGAACCUUUGCCACAAGAGCAGGGAAAUAUGGAAUACACCAAACAACUAAUUCUUGGUUGUCUGCUCAACAUCUGCCAAAAACUCUCUCCAGAUGGUGGCAGAAUACCCAAAGAUGUUGUAGAUGAGGAGAAGUUCAAUGUGGAAUUGAUAGUUCAGUGCAUCCGCCUUUCAGAAAUGCCCCAAACCCAUCACCACGCCCUCUUGCUUUUGGGUACUGUUGCUGGAAUAUUUCCGGAUAAAGUUCUACACAAUAUCAUGUCUAUUUUUACAUUUAUGGGCGCCAAUGUCAUGCGCCUUGAUGAUGCUUAUAGUUUCCAAGUUAUUAACAAGACAGUGAAAAUGGUUAUUCCAGCACUUAUUCAGUCUGACAGUGGAGACUCCAAAGAAGUCACAAGAAACAUCGAAGAAAUCGUGGUGAAGAUUAUCAGCGUGUUUGUGGACGCGCUGCCACAUGUCCCAGAGCACAGGCGCCUGCCCAUCCUUGCUCAACUUACCGAUACGCUUGGGGCAGAAAAAUUCCUCUGGGUUCUUCUUGGGUUGCUCUUUGAACAGUACGUCACAAAGACAGCGCUGGUGGCUGCCUGCGGAGAAAAGGAUGCUAUUUUAGAGGCAGAUACUGAAUUUUGGAUUUCAAUCUGUUGUGAAUUUAGUGUCCAGCAUCAGAUACAAAGCUUGAUGAAUAUCCUCCAGUACUUAAUAAAGCUGCCAGAGGAAAAAGAUGAAACCAGUCCCAAAGCAGUAUCUAGUAAGAAUGAGGCACGAGAGGACAUGCUACAGGUUUUUAAUGUCGACACUCACACUAACAAGCAACUGCGGCAUUUUAAAUUUUUGUCAGUAUCCUUCAUGUCUCAGCUCCUGGCUUCUAAUAGUUUUCUCAAAAAGGUACUUGAAAGUGGUGGUCCUCAGAUUUUAAAAGGCCUUGAAGAGAGGUUGUUAGAAACUAUUCUUGGAUAUAUUAACACUGUAGCACAGUCCGUGGAAAAAAACGCAGACAAACUAACUGUGAAGUUUUGGCGAGCACUCCUUAGUAAAGCUUACGACAUGUUAGAUAAGGUCAAUGCCUUGCUGCCUACAGAGACAUUCAUUCCUGUGAUCAGAAGACUGGUGGGCAAUCCCUUGCCAUCCGUUCGCCGGAAAGCAUUGGAUCUUCUGAAUAAUAAGCUACAGCAGAAUAUAUCCUGGAAGAAGAAAAUAGUUCACCGAUUCCUAAAACUGGUUCCAGACCUUCUGGCCAUUGUCCAGCGUAAGAAAAAGGAGGGGGAAGAAGAGCAAGCAGUCAACAGGCAGACGGCUUUAUAUACUCUGAAGCUUCUCUGCAAGAAUUUUGGUGCCGCAAAUCCAGAGCCUUUUGUCCCAGUGUUGGACACUGCAGUGAAACUCAUUGCUCCAGAAAGGAAGGAAGAGAAGAAUGUCUUGGGAAGUGCCCUGCUUUGCAUAGCGGAGGUGGCCUCCACCCUGGAAGCGCUGGCCAUCCCUCAGCUUCCCAGCCUCAUGCCAUCGUUGCUGACAACAAUGAAGAACACCAGCGAUCUGGUUUCCAGCGAGGUCUACCUGCUCAGCGCCUUGGCCGCCCUGCAGAAGGUCGUGGAGACUCUCCCGCACUUUAUCAGCCCCUACCUAGAAGGGGUUCUGUCCCAGGUGAUUCAUUUGGAGAAAAUCACGAGUGAGAUGGGUCCCACCUCACAGCCUAAUACGCGUCUCACAUCUCUUAAAAAGACACUGGCUACCACACUCGCGCCCCGAGUCUUACUGCCUGCCAUCAACAAAACUUACAAGCAGGUUAAGAAGAACUGGAAGAAUCACAUGGGUCCCUUUAUGAGCAUCUUGCAAGAGCAUCUUGCCGGGAUGAAGAGGGAAGAGCUCGCCUCCCACCAGUCUCAGCUCACCACGUUCUUCCUGGAGGCCCUGGACUUCCGAGCACAGCACUCUGAGAGUGAUCUGGAGGAAGUGGGAAAAACAGAAAGUUGUAUCAUUGACUGUCUAGUAGCCAUGGUUAUAAAGCUUUCUGAGGUCACAUUCAGACCCCUGUUCUUCAAGCUGUUUGAUUGGGCUAAAACAGAAGAUGCCCCAAAGGACAGACUGUUGACGUUCUACAACUUGGCAGAUUGCAUUGCUGAAAAACUGAAAGGGCUUUUUACUCUGUUUGCUGGCCACUUAGUAAAGCCUUUUGCCGACACCUUGAACCAGGUGAACAUCUCCAAAACAGAUGAAGCAUUUUUUGACUCUGAAAAUGACCCUGAAAAGUGCUGCUUGCUGUUGCAGUUUAUUUUGAACUGUUUGUAUAAAAUCUUCCUUUUUGAUACCCAGCAUUUUGUCAGUAAGGAGAGAGCAGAAGCCUUGAUGAUGCCGCUGGUGGAUCAGCUGGAAAACAGGCUUGGUGGAGAAGAGAAGUUCCAGGAGCGGGUGACGAAACACCUGAUACCAUGCAUUGCACAGUUUUCAGUGGCCAUGGCAGAUGACUCUCUCUGGAAACCACUCAACUACCAGAUUUUGCUGAAGAUGAGAGACUCCUCACCUAAGGUUCGAUUUGCUGCUUUGCUUACUGUAUUAGCACUGGCUGAAAAACUAAAGGAGAAUUAUAUUGUCUUGCUACCAGAAUCCAUUCCUUUCUUAGCAGAAUUGAUGGAAGAUGAAUGUGAAGAAGUGGAGCAUCAGUGCCAAAAGACUAUUCAGCAACUGGAAGCGAUACUGGGGGAGCCACUCCAGAGCUACUUCUGAAACUCUCGGAUCUUUCAUACUCUGCUCAGAGUUGAAAAUUUUUCAUAUUUUUAUUUGGGGGUGUUUGGUGCCAUGUUACUUUUGGUGCCUUAACACCUGCUGGACUUAUUUAAUCACUUCUUGACAGAAUUCCCACCUGGUUUGUGCUACCACAUAAGCCUCGCCUGCCAUUACAAAACAAGUAAAUGUUAUAUGAUGUUUUAAUA